AUGCCGCAGACAGAACACACCUUGCCUAAGGCUGCAAGCAGCGAUCCGGAUUCCUCGCCCCUCAGUCCUUCAGAGUCGUUGGACCAUAAAGUGAUUUCGAGUAACUCUGAGUUGUUCGCGGCCUCUGUAGGCAAUGUGGACUGGCUUCGGUUCUGUCUAAAUCGGGAGCACAGGGAGGUCAUAGCCGACGACAAGGGCUUCACAGCCAUCCACUUCGCAGCCCAGCAGAAAAAGCUUUCCUGCCUUCAGGUCCUGGUAGAGGAGUAUAAGUUUCCCGUGGAUCUGCCUACUAACAAGGGCCAGACGCCCCUGCACCUAGUCAUCCAUAAGAACAAGAAGUCGGACAUCCUCCCCUGCGUUGACUACCUGCUUAAGAAAGGGGCAGCCAUCGAUACUCAGACAUGCCAUGGCUUCACACCCCUGCACCUGGCUGCCCGCAAUGGCCUGCUGGGAUGUAUGAAGGUCCUGGUGCAGAAUGGAGCCAAUGUGCACGCCCAAGAUGCCAUGGGCUACAAGCCCAUCGACUACUGCAGACUAUGGAACCACCGCAACUGUGCCCGGUUCUUGAAGGAUGCCAUGUGGAGACAGGACAAGAAGGACUUGGCCCGAGAGAUGGGGAAACUGAAGACCCUGAAGGAGAAGCUGACCAUUUUGGAGUGCCGCUACCUGACUGAAUAUCAAAAAGAACAACGAAUCCGGAGGGAGGCUCACUUCAGAGCAUGGCUCCAAGGCAAGGGGCUGAGCCGGCCCCAGAGCUCCGCUGACCCCAAGCAAAAGGCUAGUGUCCAACCUUGGUCACUGAUCCUCUCCAAGACUCUGAGACCCCAGACUACCAAGAGCUUCCUGACCUAUCCUUCUGUAGAGGCUCAACUGAAAAGCCUGCCCUCACCCGUGGUGCCGCCCAAGCCCGUCUAUAAGCAGACCACCACCUUCAGUCGGCCCAAGUUGUGGAAUCUUAGCAAUAAUCCCGCCAGGUCCCCGACCACAGAAAUUGGCUUCCCUCAAGGUAUACGCCUGGGUGUGCACCCAGAGCCCUAUAAGGAACAUGACUUCUGCAGAUUCCUGCAGGUGACUCCCAACUCCCUCGGAGGUGCAUGCCUACGCACAGUGGACAAUCACUUGGUGACGCCUGUACCCCAGCUGCCGUUUGAGUUGAUGGUCCGGGCGCUAUACCCAGGGGCUACACCCUACAGGAUCAAAGUGCCCCAGGGCUUAUAUCCAGUUGACAUCCUCAAAGUGCCCCAGAAACGGCAUUUGGGAGAUACCUCUACCAACACACUGGCUAUGAGCCUGCGUGAUACAUUUGAUGAACCUUUCCUGGCUACCCUGGAAGCUAGCCGGACUGGAGUGGCCCCGCUCUCCAAGGGAGUUCUCACAUAA